AUGGCGAAAAAGGCGCGUCAAAGGAUAAGCUAUGUUCUUGAACUUGACCAUUCCUCCUCGGGUGGUCAUAGGCUCGGUGUAAACGGGCUUGCCGUUGACCGAGACAAUGCCAUCCUUUAUUCCGGCGGAAGAGAUGGAGUCAUCUGCGCUUGGGACCUGAACCUCGAUUUAAAUUACCAUUCCGAAUUUGACCGUUCGUCCACCCAAGAUGCGAAACCCACGAAAUUCCGCGCUUCCACCCAGGCUCACACACAUUGGGUCAACGAUAUCGUUCUCGCCGCCAAUAACACCGCUCUCGUCUCCGCAUCCUCCGACCUAACCGUAAAGGUAUGGCGACCCGAAUUAGGCGACACCGAACCCCACACCAUCGGCCAACACGCCGACUACGUAAAAUGCGUCGCGACACCCAGCUCCGCAGACUGGGUUGCCUCCGGCGGUCUCGACCGAAAGAUAUACCUCUGGGACCUCAACGGGAAGGGAAAAUCGCUAGAAAUCGACGUUAAGGGCGACGAUGUUAGCGAAAAAGCCUCCGUAUACGCCAUGAGCGUCGGUCGUAAUAUUCUCGCCAGUGGAGGUCCAGAGUCAAUCGUGCGGCUAUGGGAUCCGAGGUCGGGCGGGAGGAUUACCAAAUUAGUUGGUCAUACGGAUAAUAUCCGCGCGAUAUUGAUGAAUGAGGCUGGUGAUACUGUUAUGACUGCUAGUUCUGACCAGACUGUCAAAGUAUGGAGCGUCGCCGCUGGUAGGUGUAUGCAUACGCUCACUAUGCACAAUGAUAGUGUCUGGUCGCUCUUCUCUGAAGAUCCUGAGCUCGGCGUUUUUUAUAGCAGCGAUCGAUCUGGUCUUAUUGUCAAGACGGAUACCAGAGGAACCGUGGAGAUGGACGAAGGCUUGUCCGUUGCCGUAGCCCAGGAACAUGACGGCGCUAAUAAGGUGGUGGCCUGCGGGGAUUAUAUAUGGACUGCUACAUCAAGCUCUUCCAUCAACAGGUGGACAAAUGUCGAAACUGGCCCCAGCGCUCAACUCCCGGAACCCUUUAGGCAUUUGAGGGCGAGUAGCCCAGUUUCGCGAUCUCGAAAACCAUCUGCCGCAUCUGUCGACGAAGCAGGGAAGAACGAGAUCCCUACAAAAUCUAUAUUACGGAUAUCAAAUACUGCUAUUUUCCCACCAGAACUUAAUGGCGCUUCGGAAUCGAAUAUGACACUCGGCUUACCCUCUAGGAAAGGCUCCGAGAUCAUUGCCGAUCCUGUUGUUCCUACUAUUGAGCCCAUACACCAUUUACCGGAAGAAACGAUUGAGGGCCAGAACGGACUGGUGAAACAUAAGCUUCUAAAUGAUAGACGGCGUGUUUUGACUUUAGAUACCGCAGGUGAUGUAUUAUUAUGGGAUCUCAUUAGAUGCGAAGUAAUCCAGAGAUUUGGGAAGAAACAUUUAGAGGAUGUUGAACCGGAAGUCAAUACUCUAGAAGCAGUUGCUCCUUGGUGUUCGAUCGAAACGAGUUCUGGAAACUUGACGGUCAUAUUAGAGCCUUUCAAUUGUUUUGACGCGGAGAUGUACGCCGAUGAAUUAGUUCUAGCGGAGCCGGUUGAAUUCCGUGAAGAUCAGAGAAUAAAUCUUGGUAGAUGGAUUCUUCGAUAUUUAUUUGCGAAAUUAAUCGACGAGGAAAUCAAACGGGACGAGCUUCAUAGACUAAAACUAAAUGAGGUUGUAGAGAAGCGACAAGCAGCCCAGAUAAGGCCGCCGGUAUCGAUCACUAUACCUACUUCAAACCCCCAAGGCUGGGGGUCCAGCGACUCUCCGGUGGCAACUCCAAGAGCGAACGGUGCCAAUUAUCCACUAACUCCUGGGUUAGCGAUAGGCGUAGCUACCCCUGCUCCUAAUUUACUGGGAGUUUCUGAGGGUCUGGCUACACCCACCAGCCCUCUCGAUAAACCAUCUCAUCAUCCAAACCGACCAUCUGGUGAAGACUACUUCUCUAGUGGUAUCAGUUCAGCGGAUGCCCCGGCAAGGCCAGCCACGACCCCGGCAGCUGCAGAUCAAGCACCUGCUAAGGAAGAGACACCAAAGUCUCCAGUAGAUACAAAAGAUAAAGAUAAAGAGGCAGCUAAGUCUCCAAGUACACCAUUUGGAAAGAAAUUUCGAAUGGGAAUGUCUUUUGGUACGAAGAAGGGGAGGUCAGCGUCGACUAAUAUCGAGAAACCUACUACUUCGGAGGACAAAACGGAAGAGAAUAAAUCGGAAUCAUCGUCGAAUCACGAAAAGGAAAUAGACGACAAUUUUCGCGGUGUCAUCCAAAAGAUGCAUAACGAAUACGAGAAGCAAUUGGUGGACACUCCGGACAAACUUGUCGAAACGAAGAUAACACCGGCUCUACCAAUCGAUGCACCAGUUCUAAAACUGCCACCUGGGACGAAAGUCAUUAUUCAGGAAGAAACAUCUGGUGGAAGUGCCAACUUGUAUAGAGGCACGGUGAUGAGCGUUGGUGUUGACGCCGAUAUUAUCGAAGAGAAAGCACCGAUGUGGUUGGGAGAAGUUUUGCUUACGAACAUGAUUCCACAGAAAGAGCCUGUCAAGGUCUCAUUUGUGUUACAUCCUUGGAAAGAUUCAUUACCGAGCAUUGCGACGGCGGAUGGGAAUAGCCGUCUCAACGCUAAUAGGAUGCUAAGAGUAAAGAAAAUUCUAGCUUAUGUGGCUGAGAGGAUUGAUCCACAGACCGAAGAACCUCAGCCGGGAGCUUUGAAACCUGAGGAGUAUUUGGAAUUAUAUUGCAACGAACAGUUAUUACCGAUUACUAUGAGCCUUGCAACUUUACGAGCUCAUGUAUGGAAAGGUGGCAGCGAUGUUGUCCUAUACUAUAAAGCGAAUGGCCGGAAGGAAAUCCCGAAAGAACUCCCACAGCCGACACUCGACGAUCCUGCAGUUUCUGAUCCCGGUGGUCAGCAAACAAUACCGCCAAUAGCUACUGUAAGUUGAUACGGUUGGAAUUGGAGUUGUAUGACUAGGAGAGAGGGUAUCAUCCAUUCGUCUAUAUCUAAAAGGGGUAUUCUACUAUCUAUUGUACAUACUCUCCCGUUAAGCUACCCUUCAAACGUAGCUUUGAGCGUAU